CGGCGGCCCCACGUUACUUUGUUUGGUCAUUUUAAGUUAGAAUUUCCCCAUUUUAAAAGCAUUUUCUGCCCCCUUCAACAGACAAUACCAUUUUGUAAAAUUGGCUACCAGUGAUUCUGAUGACGUUUUGCAAUGCAUACUGUACAUUAUGAUGCACGUGAUGUAGAAUGGAGGAAGAAGGAGAACGCAUCUUGACACAGUUUGUGUCUGAGACCGGGGAAACAACCGGUGACCCAUUUGAUCUGCCGGUGAACGUCACAACAGAGAAGCUACAACUGAUCUGCAAUGCCAUACUUCAAAAGGAGGAGCCUGUGCCAUACUCUUUUUUUGUGAAUGAGACGGAGAUCACCGCCUCUCUGGAGGAGACCCUGAAGACGCAGACGCAAGAGACGGAGAAGGUUUUGAAGGUUGUCUACCAGCCCCAGGCCGUCUUCAGGGUACGGGCUGUGACCAGGUGUACCACCUCCAUCGAGGGGCAUGCAGAGGCUGUCAUCUCAGUGGCGUUUAGCCCCGACGGCAGGUACUUGGCCAGUGGAUCAGGGGACACCACCGUAAGGUUCUGGGAUGUCAACACAGAGACGCCACAUUUCACGUGUAAAGGACACAAACACUGGGUUCUCUGCAUAGCCUGGUCCCCAGAUGGACAGGUUCUAGCCUCAGGCUGCAAAAACAGUCAGAUUCUGUUGUGGAAUCCGGAGACAGGCAAACAGGUAGGCCGGCCACUGACCGGCCACAGACAGUGGAUCACAUGGCUGGCCUGGGAACCGUUACACAGGAACGGAAACUGUAGACAUCUAGCCAGCUCAUCAAAGGAUGCCACGAUACGCAUCUGGGAUGUCAAGUUAGGAACGUGUCUUCGCUCUUUGUCAAGUCACCUACAGUCAGUCACAUGCAUCAGAUGGGGAGGUGAUGGGUUACUCUACUCGUCGUCUCAGGAUAGGACCAUAAAAGUAUGGAGGGCAGAAGAUGGUGUCCUGUGCAGGACACUACAGGGGCAUGGCCAUUGGGUGAACACCAUGGCCCUCAGCACAGACUACGUCACAAGAACAGGUGCAUUCGAUCCCUCCAAGGCCUCGCAUGUUUACAGAAAAGUCACCGAGACAGCUGAUGAAUUGUCCAAGUUGGCCCAGGAGAGGUACACCAGUGUAAAGGGCACAGAACCUGAGAGGCUGGUAUCCGGUUCUGACGACUUCACCCUGUUUCUUUGGCACCCAUCAGAAGACAAGAAGCCCCUGGCAAGGAUGACGGGGCACCAGCAGCUGAUCAAUGAGGUGGCAUUCUCCCCAGACACCAGACUAAUAGCCAGCGCUUCGUUCGACAAGUCCGUCAAACUGUGGGAUGGGCGAUCAGGAAAAUUCCUAACAACUCUCCGGGGUCAUGUCAGCAAAGUAUAUCAGGUGUCCUGGUCAUCCGACAGCCGUCUCCUCUGCAGCGGCAGCGCCGACAGCACCCUCAAAGUCUGGAACAUCAAGACAGGCAAGAUUGCCAUUGACUUACCGGGCCACGCAGACGAGGUUUACGCUGUGGACUGGAGUCCUGAUGGCCAGAGGGUAGCUAGUGGAGGAAAGGAUAAAAUCCUGAAAAUAUGGAGAAAAUAAUUUGCUCCCAGAGAACCAGACAGCCUUCAAUCUUCACUGGCUUCUACGUACCAUGAUAAUUCUAUCAUCUGCAUAGUCUUUCUGCCUAGUAUUAGUAAGGCUUAGCACCAAGUAGGAAUUCGGUGCCCUUGUGAGCAUAUAUGCAUCAUGAAACCCUCAUGAGGGUCAUCUAUGAGUUAAAAAACAUUCAACGUGGUGGUUUUCUCUGUGACUGGUCACUUUGUGAGAUGAGAUAAACAGAGCCAUCAGGCGAUAAAUCCUCGUGUUUAUUUAUAAACUUGAGUGAUUUUCAAAUAUGACGGAGCAUUCUAGUCAAUCAGUGGUCUCAUUAGGUUGAUGUCACAGACUGACUGGCACAGUCGAGUGUUUCCUCGACGCACCGUGGAUCCUUCCCGUGAGGCCGUGUUGUUUUCGAGGAAAGUCAGUGACUUUAAUUUGGACACUGAGCGAGUUUCCCUAUGUACCACCCAAGUGUGGAAAAGCGCAUUUGUGUGAAUCCACCAGUGGGUCAGCAAUGUGAGACACUUCAAAUUGGCCAAAAUCCAACACAGCUUCAGUAAUUUUCUGGCGUGUUGUUUGGAGUUACACAGCAUACAUAUCGACAACAAAACCCCAUGCGCAAUAAUGGCAGCUAGGCUCUGCAGUAGAGCAUUCGUCAAAAUCCAGCCAGCCCAUUUUUUUUUUUGGAUGCGGAAAAGAUACAAUUGAGAUUUAAACGAGAUUACCCAAUCUCAUUGUAAUGCACACAAUGUAAACGGCACACUCCAAAAUACUGUUCAAUAAAUUUAUUUCAUAAAUAAUCAUGAUAACAAUUUAAGAGCAAACAAUCUGGAUAUUACUUUAAAUGGCCUCUUCUGUAUUUUGCCUGUAAAAAUGUACAACCGUCAUCAUCAAUCUUGAUGAAUUUUAAUAUACGUUUACGUGCACUUGUUCAUAACGAAGAAGUGCUGCAUAAACAGCAAGCCUUUUCUUUAAGUUUUAAUUUACAAGCAGGAAACGGUUGCCAUUGUAUAUCCCAAUAAAUAACUCUCCUUUA